AUGGAAAGGAAGAUGAUGGAUGCAGUGAGUGGAGGUGCCAUAAUGAACAAAACUCCUUGUGACGCUAGAGAUUUGAUCUCCAUCAUGGUCGCUAACUCACAACAAUUUGGAUUUAGGCAGGAUACAUCUCCAAUAAGGGUGAAUGAGUUAGCUGUAGGAAAUAUGCAACAAGUGAAAGCUUGUGGAAUUUGUGCUAGCAUCGGUCAUCUAACUAACAUGUGCCUUACACUUCGAGAUGAUUCCUAUGAGCAUGCCAAUGUAGCUGGAGGAUUUCCAAGCCUACCACAAAGGAAAUACGAUCCUUAUUCAAAUACCUAUAAUCCAGGAUGGAGGGAUCAUCCCAAUUUCAGCUAUGGAGCAAGACCACCAUUCCAACACUUUCAGCCUAGACCACCUGCUCCACCACCACAACAAACCUCCACAAGUUCAGUUACCUUGAUGAGAAGCGGGAAGGAGUUGAAGGAACCCAGUAAGGCAGCAUGUGGAGAAGAAAUUGAAAAAGAAGUAGUUGCUCCUCAACCUCAAACUGACCAGCCUAGAGGACUCGAUAGUGAACAACCAAAGGCAUUAGUGAAAAAUCCUCCCUUUUCUACUAGAUUGACUAAAUCCAAGAAAGAAGAGGAAGAGAAGGAAAUUCUUGAAACUUUUCGCAAGGUUGAGGUAAAUAUUCCCUUACUUGAUGCAAUUAAACAAGUGCCUCGAUAUGCUAAAUUUCUCAAGGAGUUGUGCACCAACAAGAGGAAGUUGAAAGGUAAUGAAAAGAUAAGUAUGGGGGAAAAUGUUUCAGCCAUCCUCCAGAAAAAAUUACCUCCAAAAUGCAAGGACCCAGGUAUGUUUACUAUCCCUUGCAAACUAGGUGAUGUUAGGAUUGAGAAAGUAAUGCUAGAUCUAGGAGCUUCAAUAAAUGUCAUGCCUCUCUCUAUUUAUUCAUCUUUGAAUAUUGGUCCAUUAAAAGAAACAGGUGUGAUUAUUCAACUUGCUGAUAGAUCUAAUGUAUAUCCUGAAGGAGUCGUGGAGGAUGUCUUAGUACAAGUUAAUGGGUUGGUCUUUCCUGCCGAUUUUUAUGUUCUUGACAUGGAAGAAGAUGACUCUUCUAAUUCAACACUAAUGUUAUUAGGAAGGCCAUUUCUAAAAACAUCUAGGACAAAAAUUGAUGUGCAUGAUGGUAUACUCACAAUGGAAUUUGAUGGUGAAAUUAUUAAAUUCAAUAUUUAUGACUCCAUAAGGUUCCCUAAUGAUGUGUCUUCUGUUUUUGUUAUGGAUGUUACUGACCCGUGGGUGCAGGAACAAUUACAAAGGAAAUUACAAUUGCAAGAGUUAGAGGAAAUCCGCAAUGAUGCCUAUGAAAGCUCGAGAAUAUACAAAGAAAAGACCAAAGCCUUUCAUGAUCAACUAAUUUCUACGAAAAAAAUUUCUAUUGGUGAAAAAGUUUUACUUGAUCACUCUGGACUGAAGUUAUUUCAUGGUAAAUUACGUUCUAGAUGGGUAGGUCCUUUUAUUGUUACUAAUGUAUUUCCUCACGAUGCAGUUGAAAUACAAAGUUCGGAUACAGGUAAAACUUUUAAGGUCAAUGGUCAUCAUUUGAAACCUUUUUAUGAAGGUUUUCAAGUGUAUAAUGUUGAUCAAAUUAUUUUGGAAUGUCCGACUUAUGGCGAUUAA